GCCAAGCUCUUUAUUCAACUAUAUCCACGGGCAACGCUUUCAGUUCAUUCGCAUCAAGCCAAAGGCACGCCUCGCAUUGGAAUCUUUUCUCUAUCACUAUAAGACUCCACUAAAUCUUUUUUCCUUCUCUCAUCCUAAGAAUCCAUAUUGCGGUGUUACAUUCGUGAAAUGGUGGUUUAACGGCAAGCUUAAAGGUGCUUAGGACAUCGAAUUCGCCAGCUCCUUGCACGCUGACACCGAAACUCUCGCAGCCUUUGACGCAUCAAUGGGAUCGGUCUUGGUCGAAAGGAUGGCCCAGGAAGGCAUGAGGGAACCUGAGGUGAAGAAAGUCCAUCCUUUCUUUACUAAAGGUCCUGCUGCCGACGUUGCCAACCCCCCGAACAGCGCAGAACCAUCGCCUAAAUUUUUGAGCAGCGAAACUCCUCACGAAGACGCUGAGCCCGUGCCAGAAGCUCAAAACGGUAGAAGACGUCGAAAGGCCGACACGACCCUCCCACAUGAUGCGCCUGGGCCGAAGAGACCACGACGAAAGCGCCAGGGUGAUGCAGCUCCAAGCAACUCGAACGCGACUAUUGAGCAGAGUCUUGGAAUCAAGCUUACGGAGCCCGUCUCUGCCAAACCGGAACCCGAACCGACGAAUAUCGCACCUAUAAAACCCAUCGAGACCACUUCGCAAUCCAAUACUUCCAGCAAUACGGAUCCCAACGUCAAGGGCAAAGUACUGAAAUGGAACCCGAAGACAGGGACAUUGGGAUCGCCCCCAAAGCUCAAAUCGAAGAGCCCUCCGUCUCGCAUGGUGUGCGUGAAAUAUGGACGUGACGAUGCCAACCGAAAGGAUAUGGGGGAUAAGAUAACCCAGAUCCUGGAAGGCAAGAUAUUGUUCCCACCAACACCACCAAAGAGACGAGGAAGGAAGGCGAAAGAGGACUGUAUAACCAAAAUUGAGGAUAUCUCGAGGACUACACACCCAUUUUUUACUGGGAAGGCAAAGCAAAACACGAAAACGGAAAGCCAAUCUGCUUCCAAAGGGCACUCAGCUUCGGCACGACAGACCGUAUUCAUGUCCACGCCAAUGUCUCCUAAAAAGCCUCGCAAUCCAUUUAUCGUGAACAAGCAACCCCCACGGUUUGGCGUCAAGACUGGCGUUACUAAGGUGCCCGGGGCUAUGCAGCCUCUGUGGCCAGCGAAGGGAAUGGCUCAUGUUCGUGGUUUUGACCUCGAACUUGAUUCUACAUUAUUAUCAUCCGAGGAGCAUAUGGAUAAAAAGUCCAAAGGUUCUACUGUCACAAUCACCCCCGACGAGUCAGUGCUGGACAGGUUCUGUGCCAAUAUGGAUAUUGCUGCUAUCCGAGAAUCACUGCCUAGGAAUCACGAUAGUUUUGAACCCGCGCCUAAGGAACUACGAACCCCUAACCGGCACUUUGAAAGUGGACGAAAACUUCAAAAACGUGUCCGGUCAGAACUCAGAACCCUACGGCUGGCGAGCACCGCUGAUAAUGAUGAUGUGAUGAUGGGUGACACAUCCGAGGUCUCUGCAAGAAGAACACACCCCGCAGUCAACCGGUUAUACGAAAUGCUUGAGACUAGCCUUUCUGCAUAUGAUAGAUCAACGUGUGAGUCACUGGCCUGGACGCAGAAGUACGCUCCAACUGCAGCAUCAGAGAUCCUCCAGGCUGGAAAAGAGGCCCUCCUACUGAGGGACUGGUUACAAACACUGAAAGUUCAGUCUGUAACUACAACAACCGAUUAUGCAGCAACCAAAGGAAAGCCGAAAACAAAAGCAGCACCGAAAAAGAAGAGAAAGAAGGAUGAGCUGGAUGAUUUUAUUGUCAAUAGCGAAGAGGAAGCAAACGAGAUGGAUGAGAUCUCUGAAAACGAGCACGAUUGGGCACCUGCCGGCUCAGGAUUGCUGAAGACAGUCGUUCGAAAUGGCGACUCCGCAAAGGAGCAGGGAAGAUUGACGAAUGCCGUGGUUAUCAGUGGUCCUCAUGGGAGUGGCAAGUCGGCGACGAUUUACGCAAUAGCCAAAGAAUUGGGAUUCGAAAUUUUCGAAAUCAACUCUGCAAGUAGACGAAAUGGCAAGGAUAUCUUGGAGAAGGUUGGCGACAUGACACGAAAUCACCUUGUUCAGCAACACCGCGCAGAUCCCGGUUCUGGAACCACGGAGGAAGAUGAGAUUUCUCGGGAUUUGAAGUCAGGGAAGCAAGGCAUGAUGACUGCUUUUUUCCAAAAGUCAAGAGUCUCCAAACCACCAGCCAAGAAACCCGCCGAGGAGAAGUUGCCCGAAACAACAAAAGCCAGCUCGGCUAAGAGCCAGAAGCAGUCAUUAAUUCUGCUGGAAGAAGUUGACGUCUUAUACGAGGAAGACAAGCAAUUUUGGGCAACACUGAUGGGAAUGAUGGCACAAUCGAAACGACCAUUCAUCAUGACCUGUAACGACGAAAGCCUGGUGCCUCUCCAGAGCCUUAACCUCCAUGGCAUUUUCCGAUUCGCACCUCCACCUAUGGAUCUUGCUGUCGACCUCUGUCUUCUCGCCGCAGCUAACGAAGGGCACAUUCUACGACGCACAGCUGUUGAGGCCUUGUACAAGUCUAGAAAUAACGACCUCAGGUCCUCGCUAACAGAACUCAACUACUGGUGCCAGAUCGGGGUCGGGGAUCGCAAGGGAGGAUUCGAUUGGUUCUGCCUGCGAUGGCCCAAAGGGACCGACCUAGACGAAAACGGCGAUGUAGUACGAGUGCUGAGUGAGGACACUUAUUGCAAGGGCAUGGGCUGGAUUGGUCGUGACCUGAUCGCUACCUGCCCUGAUCCAUUGGAGUCAGAAGAGGAGGCAAUGAAACAGGCGUGGGACUCCUGGGCAUUAGACAUGGGCGAGUGGGACACUACACUGGAUUUGCCAUCAUGGGCCGAUGGUGUCUCUCAACAUAUAUCGCAACCAAGCCAGAGGCUCGAGGCACUUGCGGCCUUUGAUGAGUUCUGCACCUCAAUGAGCGACGCAGAUCUCUUGACAAGCGGCACUUUGGGGAUCAGAUUUCAGGAGAUGAUCGAUCCGGAACUGCCUGAAAUACCAAUCAAGAUGCGAGACGAUUUCAUCAUCGGAAGUCGUCUUCUUGAGGCAGACCCCAAGGUGAUGCCGUCCUCACCCAGUGUCAACCUCUCCUUAUCUCUCAGGUCCCUAGCAAGGCAAAGCCUUAUGCAUGCUUCACCCACACUCAAUACUCCCAAGACUCUCCUCGAACCACUCACAGAGAAGCGAGUGGUUGAGUCCCUUGACCACUCAUUUGAGCCUCAAACCGCGCCGCUGAGCCGCAUGGACCUUGCGUAUGCAUUCGAUCCUAUUGCCAUAAAUGAGAAGAUAUCAGCGGCCAGUUAUCUUGACCCAUCAGUGUUUGACAGGACCACAAAACUCAUCGUCCUAGACGUGGCGCCAUGGGUACGCGGGAUCGUGGAGUUUGACAACACGCUGAUGCAAGAGCGGCUUAAGUUGAGUAACCUCCUAAGCGAGGGGGGCAAGCGGAAGAGGAUGCGCACGACACGCAGUGCAUAUUCAGCUAUGGAAGGGGGCGAGAGGAGGAAUACACGUCGUGAGAGGUACUUUGGAGACACCCUCAACACGGUCUUUGUGAGACGUACCGCCGGCAAGGGCUGGCAGGAUGCUGUGGAGAGAACAGCGCCAAGGGAGACAACAUGGAGUCUACCCAACAGUUCACCGCCGUCCUCGCCAGCAUCAAGCAUUUAACGAGGGCAGAACUCUGAGUGGGUUAUGCCGUAUAUUCUAAACGUGAAUUGACUUGGAAGGAUCAUGAUACAUACGCAUAUAGGUCGGCAAGCUUGGUUUUUGGGGAGUCUCCUAUGCGGGAUUGCAUAGCACAGUCUCAGAAUUACGCAUAUUAUAGAAC